AUGUUUGACCGAGAGACCAGAGAGCGUAUAUUGAAUGCUUUCAGGAAGCAUUCCCCACCUCACUACAAAGGUGGGAGAGACCCCAUAGUAGCACUAGAGUGGCUCCAAGAGAUGAAGCGUAUUUUUCAGGUUAUGGAGUGUGAUCCCAACAUGAAGCUUCUGUAUGUUGUGUAUUUAUUACAGGGAGACGCAGCAGAUUGGUGGAACAAUGUCAGGAACCCACUUGAGUGCCAGGGGUAUGCUUUUACUUGGCCACUUUUUGAGAGGCAUUUUUUGAUGAAAUAUUCUUCUGAAGAAACUAGGGAAAAGAAAAGAAGUGAAUUUGAAGACCUCGGACAGGGAAGCAUGACAGUGGAUGAGUAUAUGAGCAAGUUCAACAUAUUGGCAAAGUAUUCAUGCUAUGGUAGAGCUCCCCUCACUCCAGAAGACAAAGCCUUCAGAUUCAAAAAGGGAUUGAACGAUAUGAUAGCUGACAAGCUGACUGGCCAUUCCACCAGAGACUUUGUGGAAUUGAUUAAGCAAUGCCAGGACAUCCAGAAGUAUUACCGUACUAGAGGUAAGGAAGCAGAUGGGAAGAGCUUCAGUGGGAGGACUAUGCCCUGGAAGGGUAAAGGAAAAUGUUUGCAAGUACAACACAGUAACAAGUUUAAGAAGACUCCCUUUGUGAAGAAUGGAAGCGGCAUGCCUGGUGCAGGGAAGAUCCCCACUUGUGCCAAGUGUGGGAAGAUACAUCCAGGUGUUUGCGGACUUGGGCAGAAUGCCGUGCCUACUCAGAGAGACAUAGAGGAGGCUUCGGCGCCCACUAGUGCCAGGGUAUAUGCGGUGACACAGCAGGAGGCAGAGAGGUCUCCAAACCUGAUUAGAGGUACCAUUCUUAUCAGAGGAUAUGCUUUUGAUGCCAUGUUUGAUUCAGGAGCUACCCACUCCUUCAUAUCGGGAUUUGUUGCUAAUGGGUUACAUUUGCCCAUUCAUGAGUUCAUGCCUCCCAUGGUAGUGAAGACUGCCACCGAAGACAUUGUUUCUACUUCUUUGAAGUGCAAAGAAGUCAUAUUCAUAUUUGAGCAAGAAGAGUAUACGGUGGAUUUCAUAGUGCUUGAGGGCAUGAAUAUACACAUUAUCUUGGGCAUGGAUUGGCUAGUCCGAUAUGGUGUGAUGCUUGAUUGUUGUCGCAGAAGGAUUUUCUUUUCUGCAAAAGGAGAGAAGCUGGACAGUUUGUACUUGAUGGCACCGCAGUUAAAGAAGGCUCUAAAUGAGGGAGAUGCAGGAUACAUUAUUUUGGGAGUAUUAGUAGAAGCCUCCAAGGAACCAACUGCUAACAUUCCCAUAGUGUGUGAAUUUGAGGACGUGUUUCCAGAAGAAAUUCCUCAGUUUCCUCCAGAGAAGGAGAUUGAAUUCUCCAUUGAUUUAUUUCCCGGUGUGGGGCCUAUCUCCUUGGCUUCUUACCGGAUGUCACAUGUAGAGCUUGCAGAGCUGAAAAAGCAGUUAGAAGAAUUAUCUCGCAAGAACUUUGUCAGACCGAGUGUAUCUCCUUGGGGUGCACCAGUCAUCUUUGUGAAGAAGAAGGAUGGGACUAUGAGGUUGUGCAUGGAUUACCGGCAACUAAACAAGGUAUCAGUGAAGAACAAGUACCCUCUACCCCUCAUCGAUGAUUUGUUGGAUCAACUUAGGGGUGUUUUCGUGUUUUCGAAGAUUGAUCUUCGUUCCAGAUAUCAUCAGAUCCGUGUAAAGGUUUGCCUAGAGGACUUGGCACUUGAGGAUUUAUUGGAGCAUACCUGUUUUACUGUUGGAGUUGGACUUGUCAUAAGCUCAGUGAGGUAA